CCUGUAUGUAGUCACUCGCACUUAUAUUCACGGAGCGCACGAGGCAGGAGGCGGACUGAGGGCGUGAACGAAAGAGGAAGGGAGAACGGGAACGCCACCAGAGCGCGGGACAGCACACAGAGAGAAAGCCCUUUGAAUUGAAUUGAAAGAGAUAGGCCUAUCCAUCCAGAUUUAUCCAUCUCUAACCCACUCCUCAAUCUCACUUUCUCCCGACAAUCGGGUCUGUCCGAUUGGCUUUAUUCUCAUUAACCUGAUCCAAACCUGCUCCUCCGAGCUUUUUCCAGCUCCGAACCCUUCCGCCAUUCACAAGUGAUGUCCAAGAAACGACCGUCCGAAACGGGGUUACGGGUGUUACACCAGCAGGCUAUGGCUUCACCAGGCAACAUGGAUUGCCUUGCUCGUUUCUCGCCGGAUUGUGCUGAAAUAGAAUGAAGCUAGUUUGGGUUAAACGCGGAGUGAAGAGAUGUCGGUACCGUUGUUGAAGAUCGGUGUAGUGCUGAGCACCAUGGCGAUGAUCACUAACUGGAUGUCGCAGACGCUGCCCUCGCUGGUGGGGCUCAACACCACCAAGAUCACCGCGGAGAGGGCAGGCUACCCGGACAGGAGUACCGGAGUGUUGCCAGCGAACCCAGAGGAGUCAUGGCAGGUGUACAGUUCAGCCCAGGACAGUGAGGGGAGGUGUGUGUGCACCGUGGUGGCACCGCAGCAGUCCAUGUGUUCACGAGAUGCCCGCACCAAACAGUUGAGGCAACUGCUAGAGAAGGUCCAGAACAUGACCCAGUCCAUCCAGGUGCUGGACCAGCGGACCCAGAGAGACCUGCAGUACGUGGAGAAAAUGGAGGUGCAGCUGAGGGGUCUGGAGACCAAGUUCAGACAGGUGGAGGAGAGCCACAAGCAGAACAUUGCCAAGCAAUACAAGGCCAUAAAAGUGAAAAUGGAGGAGCUUAGGCCGUUGAUACCCGUGUUGGAGGAGUACAAGGCCGAUGCCAAAUUGGUAUUGCAGUUUAAGGAAGAGGUCCAGAAUCUGACGUCAGUUCUAAGCGAGCUCCAGGAGGAGAUGGGAGCCUAUGACUACGAGGAACUCCACAGCAGAGUGUCAAAUCUUGAGGAGAGACUCCGAGCAUGCAUGCAAAAAUUAGCAUGUGGGAAGUUGACGGGUAUCAGUGAUCCUGUCACCAUCAAGACGUCUGGAUCCAGAUUCGGAUCCUGGAUGACCGACCCUGCAGCGCCGGAGGGAGAUACACGGGUGUGGUACAUGGAUGGUUACCACAACAACCGCUUCGUGCGGGAGUACAAGUCCAUGGCGGACUUCAUGACGACGGACAACUUCACGUCUCACCGCCUCCCGCACCCGUGGUCCGGGACGGGUCAGGUGGUCUACAAUGGCUCCAUCUACUUCAACAAGUUUCAGAGCCAUGUCAUCAUCAAGUUUGACUUCAAGACCUCCGCCAUCAGUAAGUCCCGGCAGCUGGACAACGCUGGCUUCAACAACAUGUAUCACUACGCCUGGGGCGGCCACUCUGACAUCGACCUCAUGGUGGACGAGGGCGGGCUCUGGGCCGUCUACGCCACCAAUCAGAAUGCGGGAAACAUCGUGAUCAGCAAGCUGAAUCCCAGCACGCUUCAGAUCAUCAAGAGCUGGACCACCAACCACCCCAAGAGGAGCGCCGGUGAAGCCUUCAUGAUCUGUGGUACUCUCUAUGUUACCAAUGGUUACUCUGGAGGGACUAAGGUGUACUACGCCUAUAGCACUAACUCCUCCACAUACGAGUACAUAGACAUCGCCUUCCAGAACAAGUACUCCCAUAUCUCCAUGCUUGACUACAACCCUCGGGACCGUGCGCUCUACGCCUGGAACAACGGACACCAGGUUCUAUACAACGUCACACUGUUCCACGUCAUCAGCUCACAGGAACUGUAACCACAGAGACAGGACUAUAUACAAUAUGCUAUAUACACAAUAGAGAGAGAGAGAUCAUCCUAUAUAUGAACAUAUAUCUAUGAGAGAAAUACUUUAUGGAAAGAGCAUCAUAUAUAGUAUAUCGUAAGACUGUACUAAGAGAGAUUAGAUUAAAUGUGAAUGGAACUGCAACGUAGAUGAAUGUGUACUAUCUAUUGGAAUUAAAAAGAUAACUGUUUGCUAAAAAGAAAGGGAACAUGAUACAUUUAGAGUUCAAAAUGAUAUAUUGGACUGAAAAGAACAAAUGCCAAAAAAACAUCAUGCCUUUUUUAAUAAUGAAUAGUAACCAUCGUAGAAGAUUGUCUUUGUGGCUCUGUUUCUGUCUCUGGAAGUACUGUAACUCCCUCCUCCCUUCUCCUUCCUCCCUCCUGGACUUAUCUCAGGGUCAGGGAGGUCCUAGCAAAAGACUAUGGGAUUGGUUAUUAACUGUUUGCCAACCUGGACCCUCAGCUAGAGAGGGAGAACCUCGCCCCUCGAACAGAUAAGGGGAAAACCGAGGAGAACCUGGUCAAACGGUUAGAACUAGGACAUUAUUUGGAGAACCAUGGGAAGAACCAGGAUAUUAUGUCCAGAAGACCACGGAGCCUAUGACCACAGUCUGUCACACACAUAUCAUUUUUAUCCGUUCAGUAGAAAAUAAAGAAGUCUGUAAACAAGUAAGCAACAACAACAUCAACAUACAUGAGAAGACCUGGGCCUUUACUCACCAAGAGUCUCAGAUCAGGUCCCCUCUUUUAUGUGUUAUGUUUGAAGGGCAAAUCUUAUCCAAGAUCAGCACUCCUACCCUGAGACUCUUGGUGAAUACAGGCCCAGGUAUUCUCAUGGAUGUUUGAAUACGGUCCCUGAAGGCACUGACUGUUGGGGCGAACUGUUGUACUGUACAAGAAGAAGGUUGGGAUUCAAUCAAAGCCGUGUAGUAGCGCACUUGACAUUUAAAGGUACAUUGAUUGAGCCAACAUCUGCAGUGUUUACGUAGGCGCGAUCUCCGCGAACUUUGCCUUUAAAAGCCAAAUUGUCUACUGCGCUAAGACACGCCUAUUGGAUUGAAUCCCGGUUGAAGACUUUCCUGUGUUUGUGACUCCGUGUAAAACAGCCUUGAUUUGCAUGAGUGUUUUUUACCACUCUGGUCUGCUACCUUCUGAACGUCGUUUUGCUGUAUGAUGCUAUACCUAUAAAAGAGGGGGAUGGGGCGGGGUAAAGGGUUAGUGUAGUUACCUUUGGGAUUUCGGGGGAGGGGAGUUGCAAUGCUGUUUGCUUUUUCACUUGUUUGUUUUUAGAAUGUUUUUUUCUUCUUCCAUUCAGAUUUUUUUUUGGGGGGGGUAAUGUUCUUGUAUCACCCCCUAACUGUUGGCACCGGCUUUGCUUCUCUGUCUGUGUUUACUUGGAACGUGCGUAGGAGAACCCUAGCUCAUAUCCAGCUUAUAUAUUUCAGAAGAAUAGAAAACAAUAGAAUGUACCACGUAAUGUAUCCUGGAGACCUGGGCUCAGUCCUAUGGCUUCAACUGAAUCAUCAUCAGCCUAUUGUUUGAAGUAUCCCUCUUAGUCGAGGGUAAUGCUAUUAAAUGUAUAUCUCCCCUCCCACCCACCUAGCAAAGGAUUAUGCUGUUUAAAUGUAAAUCCUCUUGCAGAGGACAAUGGCUUUUCACUCUUUUUGUGCUUUUGCUGGACGUGUGUUGUACCUGAGAUGAGAUAGUUAAUGAUUUGUGUCAAUAAACAGAGAAUCUUUGUUCUGA